GAGCACAUGCCCAUCGCGUUGCACGCUGCCUCCCCCCACCCCCACCUUUCUGGCGCCGCUCUCCUUCCUCCUAUAAAUCCUCCCCCCACGCCGGAAUCCAAAUCCAGACCCCGAUUCAAGUUUUUACAUCGAGAAUUUGCGAGCACAAGGCGCUGAGCAGAGGAGCAGCAGCAGCAGCAGCGGCCAGGGCGAGGCGAGAGAUGGUGGGGACGGCCGGCGGCGGCGCGGAGGAGGCGGUGCGGCGGUGGGUGGAGGCCGGCGGCGGGCGCCUCGUGCUGGACGGCGGGCUGGCCACGGAACUCGAGGCCAACGGCGCCGACCUCAACGACCCGCUCUGGAGCGCCAAGUGCCUCCUCGCCUCCCCGCACCUCAUCCGCAAGGUCCAUAUGGACUACCUAGAAGCUGGUGCAAACAUUAUAAUCACAGCAUCAUAUCAGGCCACGAUUCAAGGGUUUGAGUCAAAGGGUUUCUCAAAAGAACAGAGUGAAAACUUAUUAACAAAGAGUGUCGAGAUUGCACUGGAAGCGCGUGAGAUGUUCCUGAAGGAACAUUUGGAGCAAUCCACUCCUACACAAAAACCUAUUCUGGUUGCGGCUUCUAUAGGAAGUUAUGGGGCUUAUCUUGCUGAUGGCUCUGAGUACAGUGGGGAUUAUGGUGAAGCUGGUACAGUACAGUUCCUGAAAGAUUUUCAUCGGCGUAGGCUUCAGGUUCUUGCUGAAGCAGCCCCUGAUUUGAUUGCUUUUGAAACGAUCCCCAACAAACUGGAAGCUCAGGCAUAUGUUGAACUUCUUGAGGAAUGUAACAUACAUAUCCCUGCAUGGUUUUCCUUCAACUCAAAAGAUGGAGUUCAUAUCGUGAGCGGAGACUCAUUGAUCGAAUGUGCUACUAUUGCUGACAAGUGUGCAAAGGUUGGUGCGGUUGGGAUAAAUUGCACACCUCCAAGAUUUAUUCAUGGACUGAUACUCUCCAUUCGAAAGGUCACAGACAAGCCUAUUCUGAUAUAUCCCAACAGUGGAGAAAGAUAUGAUGGUGAGAAAAAGGAGUGGGUGGAAUGCACUGGAGUAUCAGAUGGUGAUUUUGUUUCUUAUGUAAGUGAAUGGUGCAAAGAUGGGGCCGCCCUUAUUGGGGGUUGCUGCAGGACAACUCCAAACACCAUCAGGGCCAUACAAAGAACUCUAAACCAAGGCUCCAACGCGCGCUUUACUAUGGCAUAGAGCUGUGCUCUACUUCCAGAUGUGCACCUCCUGGAGAAGUGGAGAUUCUUUAACUAGUGGCCCGAUAUGCUGCUGUGUGUCCUGCAAAUGAGAUGGUUCUGCACCUAUGUCUGUAAAUACCGAUGUAUUUCCAAGUUCUUAUGCUAUUGCACUUGGAGGUGCAACCAGUGAAGAGGGAUAAGGAAGCAGCACCGAUGAACGGAGUUCUACUGAGGAUUGAGUGAAGCAAGUUGCGGCUGAGUUGAUGAAGCUUUUAGUAGCUAUCGUUAUUAAGAGUUUGUAUAACUGAGAGUUGCUCUGGAGAUGCUAUCUUGCAAUAAGAGAGCUUAUGUCGUGUACUAGUAACUUCCCUGUGAAAUGUUUGUUAGACCAUGAGUUUUCUCUGAUAAACCUGCAUGUCCUGAAACGAAAAGAUCUUGUUACUUCUCUUUUGUUA